AUCCCCUCUAGGAAAACAUCCACAGAGGCAAAAACAUGGCAGCCAAUAACCACUACAUUAUGCAUCUUCCACUUAUUAUAGCUUUCAUCUUGGCGCUACUGGUCCCUGCAGUGUCUGCAAUUCCAAGUAAAAGUUUGAGCUCCAUUGUAAAGGAGCUGAAUGAAGAAGGCCCUUAUCUUGGUCUCAUCACAGUAUAUCCUCCAGAAGAGAAUGCUUUCUUCUCAACCAACUCCUUCAAGCCUCACCCAACCCACCCUUAUGUGGACUUAUCAGGCAGGAGAUUUCGGGCUGGGAAAGUAGAAGGAAAGAAAGUAAUUUACGUGAGAUGCGGCGUUGGAAUGGUGAAUGCUGCAGCUGCAACACAGCAAAUGCUGGAUCUGUUUGACGUAACAGGAGUUGUGCAUUUCGGCAUAGCCGGAAACGCCAACGAUUCCUUGUCGAUCGGAGAUGUCUCGAUCCCGCGCCAAUUGGCUCAGACAGGUGUUUGGGACUGGCUGAACCCUAAUUCAACAAUUCCUGCAAGUGACGCCGCUGUAUUAGAAAUCGAGAGGUAUAAUGUACCGGAAGGGGGAAGUAACCAAUUAGGGCGAAUCGGAUAUAGCCCUGAAGAAGAUCCGAGUACUGCUCAGAGAACUAUUUGGUUUAAUACUUCCAAGCAUUGGCUUCGAUUAGCUUCAAAUUUACAGGGGGUGAAAUUGGAGCGAUGCGUGAAUUCCAGCGUGUGCCUUUCGCAGCAGCCUAAGCUUUUUGUUGGGCUUAAGGGAUCAACGUCCAACAUUUUCAUUGACAAUGCAGCUUACAGGGAGUUCCUGUUUCAAACUUUUGGGAUUUCAUCAGUUGACAUGGAGAGCGCGGCUGUUGUAAAGACGAGCGUGUCGAAUGGUUUUCCGGUGAUAGUAAUUCGUGGAUUGUCGGACUUGGCCGGAGCACAGAGGGGAGAGAACGUGAUUGGGUUGUUUGGACCUCUAGCAGCUAUAAAUACUGCCAAUGUGGUUAAUCAAUUUGUGAAGUCACUGCCACCAGAUACAACUGCUGGAAAUUAGACUUAUGUGUGGUUUAUUUGCAUUUUUAGUUUGAGCCAAUCAUUUGCUAAAUUAAGUCACAGUGCAAGUUUCACCUAAAGUGUACCUUUUAAUAGCAGUUGCAUGCUUUUCCAUAAAUCAGAGAAAAGUAGUCUUAUGUAACAAGUAAACAUCCUUAUGCAAUAAAAUAAAAAUAUGUUACAAGUUCAA